AUGGAACCUGCGGGGCUGGCUGUCGGGUUCCUGGGACUCGCCGGUCUAUUCAGCUCCUGUCUGGAAGCUGUCGAGCGAUUCGAGUCUUGGAGGAAUUUCGGGGAGGAGUCACGUUCUCUGGUCACUCAUUUUGAGGCUGAGAAGCUGCGCCUGGAGAGAUGGGGCCAGGCGGUCGGGUUUAACCAAGGAGCGAUAUCGCGCAUCCACCACGAGGCUCUCGAUGACCCGCGAAUAAUCGAGAGGAUAAGAGAACAUUUAUCAAUCAUCGGAAAUAUCUGCAGCUUCGCAGACAGCGCAUCUCUGCCUGUGGCCGGAACAGGCGCUGGGAAUGCCAAGCACGGACUGUUUCCCAGAGGUCGUGUCCGGCCCCAUUCAAGCAUUCUGUCGGAAUCGAGAAACCAAAGGGUAAAGUGGGCCUUGAGGGAUAAGGUCAAGUACACAGAAACAGUCCAGAAGCUCAGACAGCUAGUGCAAGACCUUCACAACCUAGUACCUCCCGAUGGAUCGAAGUGUGCACGAGCCGCACAUGGGAGGGCUGGUGAGGAUGUUCACGGGCACAGAAAUGAUGCGUCCGCUAACAGGGAUAAUUUGCCCGUUGACUUUCGGCAGGUUCUGGUCAGAAUCGAGAGAGAAAUCGCAGCUGAGAUGCGAGAAGAUCUCCACGCGUGGCUGCUCGGCCGUUAUACUCCCAACGAACUUUAUGACGAUGCUGUUCAAAAGAGGCUGCACGGAACCUGUGACUGGAUGUUAAGACGGGCCUCGUUCCUUGACUGGGCCUCCCCCGACUUCCCAGCAGAGACGGCCAAGUGUCUGUGGAUCAACGGGCCCGCAGGGUUCGGGAAGACCGUUCUUUGUGCAAGGUUAGCCGACCAUCUCUCAUCUAUAGCCGACCUACCUAUCGCGCAUUUCUUCUUUUCUUCCGAUUUCGAGAGCCGUAGAGACCCAUAUGUUGCCAUACGGUCAUGGAUUUCUCAGGUAAUGGCUCGCCCAGAUGUGUUCGAACUGGUGCGCCAGGGACGGGAAGCCCGGUAUAGCCGGGUAGCCACGCGGGCUGAUGUUGUCAGGGUCUUCCAAGAGGUCGUCCACGGCAUCCAAGGGUGCACAUUCAUUAUGGAUGGGCUGGAUGAAUGUACCGGCAUGGGAGAAGACGGGAAUUUUGAUGAUACCAGCUCUGUGGCCAGUUUCCUCCGGAUGAUCCAGCGAUCAGUUGCCGAUACGACUACACGGAUCAUGAUCGUUAGUCGCGAUGAGCCAGAAAUUCGAGAAUGCAUCGUACGCAACGCGACCGUAACGACUUUUGAAUACAGAAUCACUCCCGAAGAUGUUCAAUCCGAUACAGAAUUGUAUUCGAGAAGUAUUGUCGACAGGAGGUUGCGCAAUAAAGACGAGACCGUGAAAGGCGAGAUUUCUCAGAAGCUAGCUGAGCGUUGCUGUGGUCAAUUUUUGUGGCUGAAGAUGCAGGAGACGUCACUACGGGGCGGCAAAAACAAGAAGCAGCUUGAAACUGCUAUUGACAAGACUCCGAUUGGACUGGAGCGUCUUUACGACCGGAACUGGGAUAGGAUCUUGGGCUUCCAAGAUGAUGAAAGAACACGCGCUUUUUCCCUGCUGCGGUGGGCAGCAUUUGCGGUUCGGCCCCUGUCAGUCUCCGAAAUCACGGAGGCAGUGCUCAUUGAUGAAGACUGCGAUGAUCUCCCAGUUGAUAAAAUGCCAGACUCCAUCGACGAAGACUACAUCAAUAGCGAGAUAGUGGAGCUCUGCGGAUCCCUCGUGGAAAUUCGGACCAUGGCAUCUGAGCCCAACAUCGGACUGAGAACCGUGCACCUCACGCAUUUCUCCGUCAAGCAGUAUUUCAUAUCCAAAAUGCUGGAUAACGGGAGCAUUCUGGUGACGAACGAACGUCUUCGGUCCUCGAACGAAGCGAUUCAAAACAGUGUGCUCGCCAAGUCGUGCCUGUGUUAUGUAAACAUCGCUAGCGUCUGGAAAGAGGCCUUUCACGACGACACGAACCAGGUAUUGGGAUCUUUCCGAAAGUAUGCAGCAGCCUCAUGGUAUCAGCAUGCGAAGGCCGGCGAGCCAAACGAUGCAGAUGUGGUGAGGCUUACGAAUGCUCUGUUUGAGGAAAACAAUACCAACUGGGAUUCGUGGAGAAAAUGGUUUGAUUUGAACGACGAAGAAUCAGCCAACGAAGAACCGCCAAUGAAUACCAGAGUUUCCAGCCCUUUAUAUUACGCAUGCCGGCUCGGUUUGAGUGAAUCGGUGAAAUACCUCUUGCACGGGUGCAGGUAUAAUGCAAACGAGAGAGGUAACUCAGGGAGAACAAUACUUGAAGUCAGCUGUGCGAAGGGGAACAUACAAGUAGUAGAAAUACUACUUGACGCAGGAGCCGACAUUCUGAUGGCUAGCGAGGAUAAAUGGACACCUCUGAAUGCGGCGUCGACCAAUGGGUACUUUGAGGUUGUUAGGCUACUGUUGGAGAAGGGUGCGGAUGUCACGGCUGACGACAAUGAGGGAUGGACGCCGCUGAACCAUGCCUCAGACCAAGGACAUGUUGAGGUGGUCAAGCUGCUCAUCGAAAGGAGAGCCGAUAUUGCGGCUACAAAUAAUUACGGAUGGACACCGCUACAUGGUGCUUCAUAUAACGGACAUACCGAGAUAGUCAAGCUACUUCUCGAUAAGGGUGCUGAUGUUACGGCGGCCGAUAAGGACGGAUGGACACCGCUAAAGUCGGCCUCGAAUGGUGGACAUGCUGAGGUGGUCAAGUUGCUUCUCGACAAGGGAGCUGAUGUUGCGGCUGUUGAUAAGGACGGAUGGACGCCGCUAAAUGAGGCUUCAUACAACGGGCACACUGAGGUGGUCAUGUUGCUUCUCAAAAAAGGAGCUGAUAUUUCGGCGACCGAUAAUAACGGAUGGACAUCGCUAAACGGUGCUUCCACUGGCGGACAUACUGAGACAGUCAAGUUGCUUCUCGAGAAGGGAGCUGAUAUUGCGGCGGCUAAUAAUAACGGCUGGACGUCGCUAAACGGGGCUGCAACUGGCGGACACGCUGAGGUGGUCAAGUUGCUUCUCGAGAAUGGAGCUGAUGUUGCGGCCGUUGAUAAGGACGGAUGGACGCCGCUAAAUUGGGCUUCAUACAACGGGCACACUGAGGUGGUCAAGCUGCUUCUCGAGAAGGGAGCUGAUAUUGCGGCGGCUAAUAAUAACGGCUGGACGUCGCUAAACGGGGCUGCCACUGGCGGACACGCUGAGGUGGUCAAGUUGCUUCUCGACAAGGGAGCUGAUGUUGCGGCGGUCGAUAAGGACGGAUGGACACCGCUAAAGUCGGCCUCAAAUAGUGGACAUGCUGAGGUGGUCAAGUUGCUUCUCGACAAGGGAGCUGAUGUUGCGGCCGCUGAUAAAUACGGAUUGACACCACUACACGGGGCUUCAUACAACGGGCACACUGAGGUGGUCAUGUUGCUUCUGAAAAAAGGAGCUGAUAUUUCGGCGGCCGAUAAUAACGGCUGGACGUCGCUAAACGGGGCUGCAACUGGCGGACACGCUGAGGUGGUCAAGUUGCUUCUCGAGAAGGGAGCUAAUAUUGCGGCGGCUAAUAAUAACGGCUGGACGUCGCUAAACGGGGCUGCCACUGGCGGACACGCUGAGGUGGUCAAGUUGCUUCUCGACAAGGGAGCUGAUGUUGCGGCUGCUGAUAGGGACGGAUGGACGCCGCUAAAUGGGGCUUCAAAUAACGGACACAGCGAGGUAGUCAAGCUGCUUCUCGAUAAGGGAGCUGAUAUUUCGGCGGUCGAUAAGGACGGAUGGACACCGCUAAAGUCGGCCUCAAAUAGUGGACAUGCUGAGGUGGUCAAGUUGCUUCUCGACAAGGGAGCUGAUGUUGCGGCUGUUGAUAAGGACGGAUGGACGCCGCUAAAUGGGGCCUCAUACAACGGGCACACUGAGGUGGUCAAGCUGCUUCUCGAGAAGGGAGCUGAUAUUGCAGCCACUGAUAAUAACGGAUGGACGCCGCUAAAUGGGGCUGCAACUAGCGGACACGCUGAGGUGGUCAAGCUGUUUCUCGAGAAGGGGACUGAUAUUGCGGCAGCCAAUAAGGACGGAUGGACGCCGCUAAUCGGGGCUUGUACUGGCGGGCACGCUAAGGUGGUCAAGCUGCUUCUCGAGAGGGGAGCUGAUAUUGCGGCCGCUGAUAAAUACGGAUUGACACCACUACACAGUGCUUCAUAUAACGGGCACACUGAGGUGGUCAAGCUGCUUCUCGAGAAGGGAGCUGAUAUUGCGGCGGCUGACAAUAACGGAUUGACACCGCUAAAUGGGGCUUCAAAUAACGGACACAGCGAGGUAGUCAAGCUGCUUCUCGAGAAGGGAGCUGAUAUUGCGGCAGCCGAUAAGGACGGAUGGACGCCGCUAAAAUCGGCCUCGAAUAGUGGACACGCUGAGGUGGUCAAGUUGCUUCUUGAAAAGGGAGCCGAUAUUGCGGCCGCUGAUAAAUACGGAUUGACACCACUACACGGGGCUUCAUACAACGGGCACACUGAGGUGGUCAUGUUGCUUCUCAAAAAAGGAGCUGAUAUUUCGGCGGCCGAUAAUAACGGAUGGACGCCGCUAAAUGGGGCUGCAACUAGCGGACACGCUGAGGUGGUCAAGCUGUUUCUCGAGAAGGGGACUGAUAUUGCGGCGGCUAAUGAUGACGGAUUGACAUCGCUAAAUGGGGCUUCAAAUAACGGACACAGCGAGGUAGUCAAGCUGCUUCUCGAGAAGGGAGCUGAUAUUGCGGCGGUCGAUAAGGACGGAUGGACACCGCUAAAGUCGGCCUCAAAUAGUGGACAUGCUGAGGUGGUCAAGUUGCUUCUCGACAAGGGAGCUGAUGUUGCGGCUGUUGAUAAUUACGGAUUGACACCACUACACGGGGCUUCAUACAACAGGCACAUCGAGGUGGUCAAGCUGCUUCUCGAGAAGGGAGCUGAUAUUGCAGCCGCUGAUAAUAACGGAUGGACGCCGCUAAAUGGGGCUGCAACUAGCGGACACGCUGAGAUGGUCAAGCUACUUCUCGACAAGGGAGCUGAUAUUGCGGCGGUCGAUAAGGACGGAUGGACGCCGCUAAAGUCGGCCUCGAAUGGUGGACACGCUGAAGUGGUCGAGCUACUUCUCGAGAAGGGAGCCGAUAUUGCGGCUACAGAUAAUAAUGGAUGGACGCCGCUAAAUGCGGCCUCGACUGGCGGACACGCCCAGGUGGUCAAGGUACUUCUUGAAAAGGGAGCUGAUGUUGCCGCUGCUGAUAAAGACGGAUGGACGCCGCUAAAGUCGGCCUCGAAUGGUGGACACGCUGAGGUGGUCAGGUUGCUUCUCGAGAAGGGAGCUGAUAUUGCGGCUGCUGAUAAUAACGGAUUAACACCACUACACGGGGCUUCAUACAACGGGCGCACUGAGGUGGUCAAGCUGCUUGUUGAGAAGGGAGCUAAUAUUGCGGCGGCUGAUAAGAACGGAUGGACACCGGUAAAGUCGGCCUCGAAUGGUGGACAUGCUGAGGUGGUGAAGCUUCUUCUUGAAAAGGGAGCUAAUAUCGUGGCUGCUGAUAAUAACGGAUUGACACCACUACACGGGGCUUCAUACAACGGGCACAUUGAGGUGGUCAAGCUGCUUGUUGAGAAGGGAGCUGAUAUUGCGGCGGCUGAUAAGAACGGAUGGACACCGCUAAAGUCGGCCUCGAAUGGUGGACAUGCUGAGGUGGUCAAGUUGCUUCUCGACAAGGGAGCUGAUGUUGCGGCUGUUGAUAAGGACGGAUGGACGCCGCUAAAUGGGGCUUCAUACAACGGGCACACUGAGGUGGUCAUGUUGCUUCUCAAAAAAGGAGCUGAUAUUUCGGCGGCCGAUAAAGACGGAUGGACGCCGCUGAACGCGGCCUCGACUAGUGGACACGCUGAGGUGGUCAAGUUGCUUCUCGAGAAGGGAGCUGAUAUUUCGGCGGCCGAUAAAGACGGAUGGACGCCGCUAAAUGCGGCCUCGACUGGCGGACACGCCCAGGUGGUCAAGGUACUUCUUGAAAAGGGAGCUGAUGUUGCCGCUGCUGAUAAACACGGAUGGACGCCGCUAAAGUCGGCCUCGAAUGGUGGACACGCUGAGGUAGUCAGGUUGCUUCUCGAGAAGGGAGCUGAUAUUGCGGCUGCUGAUAAUAACGGAUUAACACCACUACACGGGGCUUCAUACAACAGGCGCACUGAGGUGGUCAAGCUGCUUCUCGAGAAGGGAGCUAAUAUUGCGGCGGCUGAUAAGAACGGAUGGACACCGCUGAACGCGGCUUCAAACAACGGACAUACCGAGGUAGUUAAUCUGCUCGUCGAUAAGGGAGCCGAUGUUGCGGCUGCCGAUAAGGAUGGAUGGACGCCACUGCACGCCGCCUCUGCUAGAGGGCGCAUUAAGGCGGUAAAGCUGCUUAUUGAGAAAGGAGCGGGAGUUUCCGUUUUGAACGAUCGGAAACGCACUCCGCUGAACUUGUCAUCGGCCAAUGGGCAUCUCGAGGUGGUCAAGCUACUUCUCGAGGAGGGAGCCGACGUUGAGGUUGUGGAUAUUUACGGAUGGACGCCGCUGCACUUAGCAUCCGCUAAUGGGUACAUUGAGGUGGUUAACUUCCUUUUAGAGAAGGGAGCUAGCGUUGAAACCGAGGAUACCUGUGGACGCACGCCAUUUUUCUUUGCCUGCGCGAGAGGUCAAACGGAAAUCGUACAACAAUUUCUGUCCCGUAGGGUCGUGGUGAACGCUCAGGAUCGCUACGGCUCAACUCCACUGUUUGCGGCUGCAAGAAAUGGGCAUGAGAAGGCUGUUUCCUGUUUGCUUGGUGUUGGGAGCGUUUGCGUCGACUUUCAAGACGGCUUCGGUCGGACUUUGCUCUGGUGGGCAAAAAAGAGCGGGAACACUCUAGUCACUGAGGCUGUGGUUCAAUUUACUCAAAGAAGAGCAAUCGAAGUCUGCGAGAAUGACUUGACUGUGGAGCCUAGCACGAUGGCGAGGGGUGGAUCGACGAGGUGGUGCGAUGUUUGCACUCGAUAUAUUUCGGCUGGGAGCGCCUACUACUUAUGUUCCAUCUGUCAGGGUGGCGAUUUCGACAUUUGCCUAGAGUGUUUUGAGAUGGGCGCCGGGUGUCAGAAUGAUUCUCACCAGUUGGUUUUGCAUCAGCCCACUGUUUUCAGCGAAGCUCCCCGACCCUAG